AUGUCUUCUAAAUAUGAUCUAUUAAUUGUCAUUGAUUCAGGGAAUGGUAUAAAUCCUGGGAUCAAUGAUCGUGUGUUUUAUCCUGGCCAAGAGAUUAAGGGAUAUUUCGACGUCAGUGUGUAUGAACCUGUCGCCAUGGAUCAAAUGCAGGUGGCAUUGUUGGGGUUCUGCGAAACUACAUUUGCUGAGAGUAAACAUAGAGAUGCUCGUACAUGGAAGGAGAAACAUAUUUUCUUAAAGGAAGUUCAUCCUGCCCUUCAAGCGCGGGGUACACCUUAUAAUUUCCAAAGAGAUGCAAAUAUGCAUUAUGAAUAUCUGUUUCAGAUUCCAGUUGAGUCUCACUGUGAAACAUGUGGUCGAUUGGAACCACUUCCUUCAUCUUUAGAUGAAAUCAAGUGUGAAACUCGUCAAAAUAUCAUGAGUGCAAGUAUUACAUAUCAAGUAGAAGUUUCUGUCGAACUGAUUAUUUCUGGAAAUAUUUUCUUUCAAGAAAAGUUUGUUGUACAACCAAUAGAUAAUGGAUUUAACCCUGCAACUGGCGAUAUCAAGAGACCUUUUUCAUUUGGAGAACAUAUUUUUAAGGGUAAGAAUAAAUUAUUUGAAGAUGAUCCGAAUGGGCAAUUUGCGGUACCAAUGGGUACUGUGACGAAGAAAUCUAAACUGUUGAGACUGAUUUUUAGCAGUAGCAGCAGUAGCAACGGAAGUAAUAGCUCUAAAAGUAGCAAGGGACCAUUUGAUAUUCCAUUGAGACUUGGGAUUCGACCAAGCGAGCCGUAUACACUGAUUAUUCCCGGUCAAACCAUUUUUAUCCCACCAACGACCUUUUUAUUUGAAUACCAAGGAGGAUCUUUAAGUUAUCCACCAUUUCAACUUGCAUGCAAGGCCUCUUCAAAGUUGGGUGAGUUUUUCAUUAAAUCUCUUGAUAUUGAAGUCAAUUUCCCGUAUAUCAAAACCAUUUGCGCUGGUCGUGAUGUGGGUGUUAGUUCAAGACAAUCCAUCUAUAAGAACCGAAGACUUAAUAUAGCCUUUGAUGUUGGAACAGAGUUUAAAUUCAACUCCACUACCCGUUCCUUUCAGAAAGAGAUGGAAUUGGUUGAAGAUAUUACUGGUCAUAUGAUUGAUAUUCCUAUUGAUGCAUAUAGUGCCGAUUUUCCAUUGCAUUGCAACCAGAUUGCUAGAAGAGGUGGUGCCUUGGUGUAUAUUGUUGGAAUUGCUUCUACAGUCGAUGGUAAACCUGAAUAUCUCGAAGUGACUGUUCCGUUCACGUUUAAAGGUGUUCAACUAGUGGGAUACGGAGGUCAUGCGAGCCAAUCAGUCGACUAUCAGCGUCCAUCCGGGCCACCACCAGGAGGCGAUUUCAAAGCACCUUCUGGACCACCCCCUGCAGGCGAUUUCAAAGCACCUUCUGGACCACCCCCUGGAGGAGAUUUCAAGGCACCUGCCGGACCACCACCACCUACCAACAGUACAGGAGACCAUAUGUAUGCACCACCACCAGGACCACCACCUACACAAGACCAACAACACGUUCAGUCACAUGACACCCAAAAUGAAGACUCUCUUCCAAUAUACUCAGAAGUUGCAAAAUGA